GACUAACUGCCGCCAUGGCUAUGGAGAAGAUCCACGCUCGUGAGAUACUGGACUCCCGCGGGAAUCCCACCGUUGAGGUGGAUAUGUACACAGCCAAAGGACUCUUCCGGGCAGCUGUUCCCAGCGGUGCGUCCACCGGCAUCUACGAAGCUCUGGAGCUGCGGGACAACGACAAAUCCCGAUUCCUCGGGAAAGGGGUCCUGCAGGCGGUGGAUCAUAUCAACAGCACUAUCGCCCCCGCUCUCCUGAGCUCUGGCCUCUCCGUUGUGGAGCAAGAGAAGAUUGACAACCUCAUGCUGGAACUGGAUGGAACAGAGAAUAAAUCCAACUUCGGAGCCAAUGGCAUCCUGGGCGUUUCCCUGGCUGUGUGCAAAGCAGCUGCUGCGGAGAAGGAUGUCCCUCUCUACCGACACAUUGCAGAUCUGGCUGGAAAUUCAGACCUCAUCCUGCCCGUCCCUGCGUUCAACGUGAUCAACGGGGGGUCCCAUGCUGGAAACAAGCUGGCCAUGCAAGAGUUCAUGAUCUUGCCGGUCGGAGCGGAGAGCUUCCGGGAUGCCAUGCGCAUUGGGGCGGAGGUCUAUCACAACCUGAAGAGCGUGAUCAAAGACAAGUACGGCAAAGAUGCCACCAACGUGGGAGAUGAAGGAGGCUUUGCCCCGAACAUCCUGGAGAACAGUGAAGCUUUGGAACUUCUCAAGGAAGCUAUCGAGAAGGCCGGAUACACAGACAAGAUUGUGAUCGGCAUGGACGUUGCCGCGUCGGAGUUCUACCGAGACGGCAAAUAUGACUUGGACUUUAAAUCCCCUGAUGAUCCCAGCCGCUACAUCUCCGCUGAUGAGUUGGGCGACCUCUACCAGAGCUUUGUACGGGACUACCCAGUGGUUUCAAUCGAGGACCCCUUUGACCAGGACGACUGGGAGGCCUGGACCAAGUUCACGGCAAACGUAGGGAUUCAGAUUGUGGGGGAUGACCUGACGGUGACCAACCCCAAGCGCAUAGAGCGGGCCGUGGAGGAGAAGGCCUGCAAUUGUCUCCUGCUGAAAGUCAACCAGAUCGGAUCGGUCACUGAAGCCAUCCAAGCCUGCAAACUGGCCCAGGAGAACGGCUGGGGGGUGAUGGUGAGUCACCGAUCAGGGGAGACUGAAGACACCUUUAUUGCUGACCUGGUGGUGGGACUUUGUACUGGACAGAUCAAGACCGGAGCUCCAUGCAGGUCAGAGCGCCUGGCAAAAUAUAACCAGCUAAUGAGGAUCGAGGAAGAGCUGGGUGAUGAAGCUCGUUUCGCCGGGCACAACUUCCGUAACCCGAGCGUCUUAUAAACACUGCCCUCGGCCCAUGCUGGCUCGCCUGCUAAUCCCCCC